AUGGUGCAUGUUUGUAAUUACAGGUUCAUGACUUCACCGGAAACUGAACUUUUCAGAAAAUACGUUGAUCCUGAUUUUCCUCGUCUAGAAGAAGUUGCAUCUACCUGUCCACUAGUAAUGGUAAAUUUUGAAGAACUGUAUGCACUUCCUCGGCCGAUGCUGCAUAAAGUCGUCUACAUAGGUGGCUUAGGUAUAACUGAAAGAUCAGUUGGACAGUUCAAAGUGAUUGCUGAUAAAGCGUCAAACAUUAUUGUUUUUUUAUUUGGUUCUAUAGCUAAUGCUAGCGAGAUGCCUUCAAGCUGGAAAAAUGCAUUUUUAAAUUCUUUCAGAAGCUUUCCUCAUAUCGAGUUUAUAACGCGUUAUGAUGGAGAAGAUUUGCAGUCCAAGCUCCCUCAAAAUGUCCAUACUUAUGAAUGGCUUCCACAAACCGACCUUCUUCCACUCAUAACACACGCUGGUCACAAUAGCAUAAUAGAAGCGGUGAAUGCUGGAGUACCGAUGAUUGCUAUUCCGCUGUUUGUUGACCAACCAAUGAAUGCACUUUUGGCUGAAAAACGUCAUUUUGGAAUUUUACUGCAAAAAAGUCAAGUUUCUGAAGAAGCUCUUAAAGAAGCGAUAAAAACUCUAACUGAAGAUGAAAGUUACGCAAAAGCGGUGAAACAUGUUCAAAAGAUGAUUCAGAAAAAACCUUCCAAACCUGAGGAACUUCUGGUACGGUGGACAGAGUACGUGGGGAAGUUCAAAGAUCUUUCAAACUUAACACCUUAUUCAGUAAAAUUAAACUUUAUCCAGUACUACUCAAUAGAUGUUAUCUUCUUUAUUGUUCUUGUUUUGUCACUUAUAAUUAUUGCCACUUUCAAGAUUUCGCUCUUUAUAGUGACUUGUUUGCGUAAAUUAUUUCUUCUCAAGAAAGAAAAAACAAGUUAA